UAAGCAGUAAACAAGACGCAGUGAACAAAACGGUGGUCUUCUGCUAUUGAUUGAGUCGGCAUUUAUCACAUCACCAAGGGUAGAAGUAAAGAAGAAGCAGCUGACAUUUACUGUAAUGCCAAGAUGGAUGUGAAAGAGGAGCCGUCUGAGGCCGGCAUAAAUUCCAUGGAGGUAAAGGCGAUAAAUAUUAAGGAUGAGGAGGACUGUGAAUGGGAGUCAGCCCACCCUAACCAGGAGAGUCAGUGCAUUAAAGAUGAGGAUCAUGAACUGCUAACUGUGGACAUUAAAGAAGAGGCUGAGGAGACGUCUGUCAGCGUUGAGACACACAGGCAAAGAAGUAUGGCGUGUGUUCACCUCAAGGUGACAUCUGAAUCAUUACAGUCUGACACAACGGGGACUGAGGAAGUGUCAUCUGUUACAACUCGGGAAGGUCUGCCAUCACCUACACCUCAGUCUGGAGAACUUGGCGAACCUGAGAAGCCAUAUUGCUGCUUGCAAUGUGGUAAAGGAUUCUGUUACAGAAGUACUCUUCAGAGCCACCAAAGAAUUCACACAGGAGAGAAGCCGUAUUGCUGUUCUGAGUGUGGCAGGCGAUUUGCUCAAAUGAGUAGUCUUAAGAUACACUCUGCAGUUCACACAGGGGAGAAGCUGCAUUGCUGCUCUGAAUGUGGGAAACGAUUCUCACGAACCAGCGAUCUUCAACGCCACAAACGAAUAAUUCACACGGGAGAGAAAUCGUAUUGUUCUGAAUGUGGCAAGCAAUUUUCUGACAGGAGUACCCUUCAGAUCCACACAAGAAUUCACACAGGAGAGAAGCCAUAUUGCUGUUUUGAAUGUGGCAAGCAGUUUUCACACAAGGGCAAUCUUCAGAAACACAUUAGAAUUCACACUGGAGAGAAGGCAUAUUGCUGUUCUGAAUGUGGCAAACAAUUCUCUCAAAAGAGUAGCCUUCAAAAACACACAAGAAUUCACACUGGAGAGAAGCCAUAUUGCUGUAAUGAAUGUGGCAAACGAUUCUCACUAUUAAACAAUCUUAAGAGCCACAAAAUAAUUCACACAAGCGAGAAACCAUAUUUCUGUUCUGAAUGUGGCAAACGAUUUACACGUCUGAGUAGUCUGAAGAGGCACAGUUUACAUAGGAGAGAAAGAGAAGGAGUAAGUUGUCAGGCGAAGAAGGAAGGAGACGUCAUUGUGCCAAAUAUAUAUAUUAUCUCAUCAAUAUAAAAGUACUAAUAGUAUGAAAAAGUGCCCAAGAAAGUAAUUCAUUGUGCCUGCAUGUGUCACAUGUUAAUAAGGUGCCUAUCUCUGCCCUUGUCAGUAGGGUAGGUGACGAUAACAGUGGAAUGUUUUCAGAUAAAAAGAAGACCUCCAAUAUGGUGACAGUUCUGAUAGAUGAUGUUGGUGGACCAACCACAAUAGAACAGACAACAGACCACAAUAGUGCAACUCAAACAGGACCUUAAGAGGACAGGACAGAGUCUACUGGUCAGUUUAAGUUAAAGAGGAGAUUACAUACUGUUACUUUUAAGUACAACAAAUCCCUAUUGAAGUAUAUGCCAGGAGAGCUUCCAAAAAAUGAAAUCCAGAAAAGUAAUCUCUACAUCCAAAUUAAGAUAAUGGAUACAAACUUAAGAGCACUAAUUAGAAUAAUUAAAUAUGACAAAUAAGAGAAAUAAAGCAGUUAAAAGCACAGUAAAAGUUCAGACACAGAAGCAAUGAGAAUAAGUUGAAAAUAGAAGGGUAUAGAGGCAUACAGUUGUAUGAUCAUAUGUCAUAGCGUAUGUGCUAACAUAUGAAAAAUGAACAAAAUGUACCUAAGGUUCAGUGCCCUCCAUAAUCUUUGGGCCAAUGACACAUAUUUCCUUGAUUUCCCCGUCUGCUCCUACUAAAAAACUAGAAAUGUCUUGAAUGGCCAAGCUAGUCACCUGAUUUCAACCCAACUGAGCAGGCUUUCCAUAUGCUAAAGAGAAAACUUAAGGGGACAAACCCCCCAAAACAAGCAGGAGCUGAAGAUGGCUGCAUUAGUGGCUUGGCAGAGCAUCGCCAGAGAAGAUCUUCAGCACCUGCUGAUGUCUGUGAAUGGCAGACUUCAUGCAGUCAUUGCAUGAGAGGGUUAUGUGACAAAGGACCUAAUAUGACAAUGGCUUUAAUAGACCUGCCAUUGCUGUGUCCCAAACACUGUGGUGCCCUCCAAUGGUGGGGACCAAUAGAAAAUGUGUUGUGUGACUGAAAUGUCUGCAAAUCCCCUUAAAUGAAAGUCUGCAACAAUGUGAACUUUAAUCACAUCUGAAUUAUCGGAUUUGUAAUUUUAACUAUGGAGCAGAAGAGAGAAAUCAUGGAGACAUGGGUCAUUGACCCAAACAUUAUGGAGGGCACCGUACAGAAGCCUUAAACUGAUACUUCAUACUAGGAAGCUUUCUUUUUGUGUGUGUUUGUGUAUGUUACCAGUUUUUUUUCUUAAUUCUUUAUGUCAACUGCUUUUGUUUGAAUUUUACUAAACCUUUUAUGAAAUGAAAACACUUGCCCUGUGAACUUUGUGUGGUGUGUGUGUCAUGCUCAAUGCAUGAAUCUUUCCAGCAUCCUCAUUUUGGAAACCCUCCACAAACGUGACUGCACUGUAGUCAGAAAACUACUGGAUCAAGUCAGCUUGUGUAACAGAAAUAACAAAGAUACCGGAUAUAAAAGGACUGUGAUACAAAAAGG